CAAAUCUUUUACGAAUGUUUAUUAUAACCUAUUAUCCCUCGACUUUAUGCAUCUCCAUGUUCUUAAGCUUCAUAUCAUCUUAUCACAGAGAGAGUGAGUCAAUAUUGUAUUUGAGAAGAAGAGAGAGUUCAGCUUUUCAUAAAGCUUCCUUCCAUUGGGACCCGAGAGAGAGAGAGAGAGAGAGAUGGAGGAUGGAGAAAAUGGUCUCUUAGAAGAGUUGCUAGCUCCGAGAAGAGAGAGCUGGGCCAAUUACUUUCCAGCUGGAACACAUGAAUUCCUCUCAAACGCAUGGAUCUUUGAAUCUUUUGAUGAGAGCCAUGUUUUCACUGCACCAAAUCCCUCAUUUUUGGAACUCAAUUCGCCCUCAGAGCCCAGUAGUUUCCCGUGCUCUCUCAAUGGCCUCUACCCUUUUCUUGAUCAUGGCUUUCCGUUACCAGACUUCGAUUCAUCCUCAUAUAACAACAACAGUACUAGUGGCAUUAUUGAUCCUCCAAUUCCAGUUCAAGAAGAGCAACAGUACCUGUCAAUGGUGGAAGAUGGAGAUUACGGAUUAAUGAUUGGGAAUGAUGGAGAUCUCCACUCUUUGGAAGAGAGAAUGACUUGCUGUAAAGUUGAGAUGGAACCAACUACCACGAAUAUCCCAGAACUACUCAACAACAUGCCUUUAAAUGGAGACCAAAAGAUUAACGGUAGAGCUAAGAAGGCCGAGAGGCAGCCCUCCAAGAACCUUAUGGCAGAGAGAAGAAGAAGAAAACGACUCAAUGACCGGCUCUCAAUGCUCAGAUCAAUUGUCCCGAAGAUAAGCAAGAUGGACAGAACAGCCAUUCUCGGAGACACCAUAGAUUACAUGAAAGAGCUCAUGGAGAAAGUCAAGAGCUUGCAAGAAGAAGAUAGAAAUGCCACUUUGAAUCAAGUCUCCAAGGACCUAAAGCCAAAUGAACUGCUAGGCAGGAACUCACCAAAGUUCGAUGUAGAAAGGACGAGCACAGACACCCGGAUUGACAUUUGUUGUGCAGCAAGGCCAGGACUGUUGCUAUCAACAGUCAACACAUUGGAAGCCCUCGGCCUCGACCUUCAACAGUGUGUGGUGAGCUGCUUUAAUGAUUUCUCAAUGCGAGCUACUUGUUCAGAGGGCAUAGAGCAGCAAACAACGAUAAGUCCCGAGGACAUAAAGCAGGCAUUGUACAGAAAUGCUGGCUAUGGAGGUCGGUAUCUGUAAGAGGGGCACUGGAAAGAUGCUUAAAUAAAACUGGGCCAAUAUUUUUAGAGCCAAAGAAAUUUGCAAGCAGCUGUUGCUGCAACAAUUGUGUUCUAAUUAUUGUUGUUUUAUCCAAUUAGGUAGGUCCAUGCUUCUAUUAUAUAUUGCAGGGCCUAAAAAUGUUAAUUGUCUGCCCCAGUUUGGAGUACUGUUGAUUAAUAUUACCAGGGCUUAAUUAUUCAUCCCUCAUGCAACAAUAUGUGCACCCACAA